AUGCCGCGACAAAACUGGCGAGCGACCACACCUCCAAUCACCAAGGCCCCCACCACCCCAACCUGCGCGCCAUACACGCUUUCGGGAGGAUGGACGAUCUCCCUCUCCCCGUCAUCCGUGAUCACCCUUGCCUCCGAUGUCACGGUAACGCCGGACUGCUACACGAGUACGUACCCGCCGUCCUCCACCGCCACCGCGGCCGACGGUGCCUCGGCCGACUCGAUUGCGGCCAGCGAACUCCGUGACCCGUUCUAUGCUUCUACCAUUCCCAUGGCCUACUCUAUAUCCGCGACCACGACGCUGGCGUACGUGCUAUUGUUCCUGCUGUUCCUGCCGAACCCACCGAAUUCGAGGCCUUGGCUGCAGAAGGUUGCCACGCUCACGGUGGUCAUCUGCCUGACCACUGCGUUUGCGGAGACGACGACGGUGCUGAAGCAGGAGUACUCCCUUCGCGGGUCCAGCUUGUAUAGCAUGACCAACGAAGCUCGCCGAGUCCGCCACCAGGUUGUCGGUGGAACAUUCAUCCGGAUAGGGAGAAUAAUUUCAGACCUCUUCCUCUGGUUGGCACAAGUGCAAACGCUAAUCCGCCUCUUUCCUCGUGAGCGUGAAAAGGUGAUCAUCAAAUGGGCGGGUUUCGGGCUCAUCCUUCUGGACACCAUAUUCUCCAUCCUGCAAACUUAUGUUUCCCCGCUGUCUUCGGAUCCGGAUUCGUUCCUCGACGCAAUUCCCGCUCUGUCGUAUCUUUUCCAGAUUGCCUUGUCGCUGCUGUACGCCUCGUGCGUGCUUUAUUACUCCUUCGCGAAGAGGAGGUAUAGUUACUUCUACCCCCCCUUAUUUUCGAGGUCCCCGCCGGGGAGUAGGAGGUGUGGUGGUAGAAGCAUCAUCCUGGUUGCGAUACUCAGUAUCGCGAGUGUGCUCACACCGAUCGUGUUUUUUGUCCUAGAUAUCGCCCAGAAGGACCUCGCGGGGUGGGGGGAUUACGUCCGUUGGGUUGGGGCGGCGAGUGCCAGUGCAGUGGUCUGGGAAUGGGUGGACAGAAUCGAAGAGCUCGAGAGAGAAGAAAGCAAGGGUGGGGUUCUAGGAAGGGAAGUCUUCGAUGAAGACGAAGACGAGGACGGGUUCCAGGGUGACCACCAACGCCGCCAGCACUUUGGCCAAGGCGGCGGUAACAACGGAGGAGACGGGGGACUAAGCCGGGAAACGACCGUGACAAGCGAGAGCACGAACUACGCCAUCAACGUCCGUAGCAUCGACCCCCCACUGAAUAGACUGAACACCCCUUCCAGCUCAUACACCGCCCGGGAGCGGAUCGUCCGUUCCAAUAGCACCACAUCCACCCACCAUCUCUCCACCUCUUCCCCUACCCCGCCUCCCCCGACGGUAAAAGCGUCAUCAUCAUCACCGCCACAGACAAUAGAAGCCCAAGAAGCCGCCGACGUCGACCACCGGACACACAACGCUUCCAUCAUGAACAUCUCUUCCUCCUCCCGUAUACAUUUCCCCUCCCAAUCCCAAACAGACCCUACACCUCCACCACCAUCGCUCCCACCACCGACCGCACUGCCAAUGCGAGAGACACCAUCGAACGAGUGGAGUUUCCGACGCAAAAAGCGGCGGACAGAAGACCCCCUCCAACUCCCUGUCACAUUCAUUCCUGCGCCACGGCGUGGGAGGCGCGGGAGUUGGGGGGCUGUGGAAAGGGCGAGGAACGAAGCUAUAGGCAGGGGAGAUGAGGGGUAGCCGGCCCUGCGUUGUGUACCUACUCGGGAGGCUUUUUUUUCUUUGCAUAGUUUUCUUGUUUUGUUUUUCGUGUUUAUGGAGGGGGCGGAGUAGAGUGGACGGCUUGGGUACACGUGGUUAUGGGCAUAUGCGGAGUUUUUUUUCUUUUUUCUUUUCUUGCGGUUUAGAUAUCUAACCAUUUUUUUUUAUAUAUAUGGGUUUUUUUAUCGUUAUUUUUCGCCUUUCCGCUCCAUAUUGACUCUUUUUUGGUGUAGAUAAUUUUGGUGAUUGAAGUUAUUGGUAGAAGAGGAGGAGUGGGCUAGUCGAUUGGUUUACCAUGCCUGGUGGUCCUGUACGUAUCAUAUGAUAUCAUGUCCCUUCAAGUUCCUAUGAUGUCCGAAACGGAAGUCGAUUGAGUCCAAGCGGGAGGGUACCGUACUGUAACUUGGGGAAAUAGGAGGACCAGGUCACCGAGGCAGCCUUGGAGUUAUAGGAACGAAUAUACCACGUUCCCUGUAUAGUAUGAUGUCAUACAUGUGCUCGCGGAAGACCCGGCGGGCACGAUACCCUUGAAGCAGAGCGAAGGGGUGUGUACUGUGCACCACCAAUGCAUCCGGACAACUACACCAUCCGCAGCGGAAAGUUGUCGAAAUCACCGGUACAAGUCCGAUCCAGUCCGGUACAGCGAAGUAAGAGCGUGACAUUAUAAGCAGAUGAUAAGUCAGGCACCAACUUCUGCGCGAGCACUGUAAGCAAGUGAGUGAGAAAGCCCCAAUCCACACCGAGCCAACAUUUGUCAUUGCGAAAAUGUGGAAACUUGCGGGGGCUUAUUGUCACCACUGGACUCCAUCCAUCCAUCCGCUUGCUUGCAGGCUGCGAUGCCGGUAUAUCCUUAGGACCGUACUGUACACGACGGGAUAUAUAUUGACAUUACGAUGAAAGGCCUGAGCGGACCGGAAACAUCCCAAUCUCGCGAGGGCCUCAUCGGGAUUCUCACUUCUGGACGGGAGGUUUUAAACGUGCCUCCUGGGUAUGAUUUGGUGAUAUAUAUAUGACGGAUUGCAUGGUUGGCUGGUUGGCUGGUUGGCCGGUUGGUCAUGAGUAAGGAAAUAUCUCAAAAAGAAAAUAACGAGUGAUCAUUUGUGAUGGAGAGAGAGAGAGAAGAUAAUGUAUGAUACUGCAGCUAGUAUGAUAUCAUGCCUGCCACUUUCCGAGCGCCCCUCCGGAGUCGUCAUAUGCGGAGGCGUAUACCUUUGCAGAGUAACGUUCGAGCAUACAGUACCGCCCUUCCCCGCAUUUCUACCCAAUUCCGGUUCCGCAUAUGUUGAUCUCUUUUCCCACCAGGGUGUAAUCUCUAGCGCCCGUCAUGCAUUUAAACUGUGUUUGGUAUUGUUGUGUUGUUUGAAAAUGAUAGUGAUGGAAGGGCAUCUGCUAUGAUGGUAGGAUGAGUAUUUGUUCCCGGGAUGCGUGCCUGGUGCGGUGGCCCCGAUGUCGAGAAUUGGUCGACCCCUGCGU